AUGGAGAUCCACCUCACCGAACAGGAGAGUCAGCUCUGCACGCUGCUGGACGAGUGUACACAGUAUAUGAAGGAGACAGAGGGAAUAGAAACAACAUGCCGAAUAGCAGGAGGCUGGGUUCGUGACAAGCUGCUAGGACAUCAAUGCCAUGACAUAGACAUUGCACUAAGCGAGAUGAUGGGAGUGGAUUUCGCCCAACGGUUUGUUAAAUAUUGCUCCGAAAUCAAGGACGUUCCCGUCAAGGGCGUCACGAAGAUCGAGAGCAACCCUGAGCAGUCAAAACACCUCGAGACCGCCAGGACAACAGUCUUAGGAUCCGAGAUCGACUUUGUCAACCUUAGAAGUGAGAAAUAUGCUGAGGACAGUCGCAUUCCGACCCAAGUGACCUUCGGCACACCACUACAAGAUGCGCUAAGAAGAGAUAUUACCAUCAACACCUUAUUCUAUAACGUCCACAGUCGUUCUGUUGAAGAUCACACAGGCAAGGGCUUGGAUGAUCUGCGAAACGGCAUCAUUCGUACCCCAUUACCACCAAGAGAAACGUUUCUUGAUGAUCCUCUUCGAGUUGUACGAUGCGUCAGAUUUGCAAGCAGGCUAGGCUUUGACAUAGUCCCUGAGCUCGAAGCAUCUGUUCGGGAUCCGAAGAUCAAGAAAGCACUUGUGUCAAAAAUAAGUCGAGAGAGAAUCGGCGAGGAAAUCGACAAAAUGAUGAAAGGACGCGACCCUUUCCGUUCCAUCAAACUCAUCAACGACCUCUCACUCCAUUCCUGCGUGUUCUAUCUUCCUCCUUCCUUUGCAUCGACACUCUCGGGGACCCCCGGCCCUGCACACACCUCGCUCAUCGCUGCAUCUAUUCUGGACCGUCUCCUUGGGCAGUGGUCCCCGACAACAUCCUCUUCGCCCCUAUCAUCUGUCUCUCUUCCCCCACUGCAUCCGCUCCUCCUCGCCGAACAUACCAACCCGCCGCAAAACUCACCAUUCCCUCGUGUAUGGCUAGCUUGUGCGUUGACGCCGUACCGUGGCCUGAAGUGCACCGACACCAAGAAAAAAACACAGACUGCUGCGGAAGUAGUCGUGCGCGAGGGUCUCAAAUUGGGGACCCAGAACCGCUAUCUUGACGGUAUACCCCUUCUGUUUGACGCGUGGGAUCUCCUUCGCAAAGAGAUAGAUACGUACACGCCGGAUGAGCACGGCGGCGCGGAGGAUAGGGUGCGAAUAGGUCUACUGUUGCGGGAGAAGGCUGUCCAUCAGUCUCAGAUGGGCGUUCAGUGGUCAACCUCUAUGCUUUUCUCACUGGCACAGGAUUUGCUCGCUUGCUGGGAUGCCACUCAAGACAAAUUUGACGAGAAGGCAGCGACGUCACGAAUCGAACAGUACAAUUCAUUCGUGGCCCGCAUCGAUGAGCUCCGGCUACCUGCGGCUUUAGAUGCGAGACCGAUUCUGGACGGACGCGACACCGUCCGCGUGCUGGGUGUGCCACCCGGCAAAUGGACCGGCGUUGUGCUCGCUCGCGUUCUCGAGUGGCAGCUACAGCACCCGGACGGGACAAAAGAGCAGUGCGAGGAGUGGCUACGCGCCGAGAACGCCGCGGGUCGUAUCAAUACGAGCUCUGAUGCACGCGCGGGCAGCCCUCCGAGCAAACGGGCCAAGGACCCGAGCACGGGAGAAGGCGAUACGAAGAGAGCCAAGAGAUCACCUCGGUGA